AUGGGGAAGGGCUGCAAGGUCGUCGUUUGUGGACUGUUGUCCGUGGGCAAAACUGCCAUCCUGGAGCAGCUGCUUUACGGGAACCACACUAUCGGAAUGGAAGACUGUGAGACAAUGGAGGAUGUGUACAUGGCGUCCGUGGAAACCGACCGGGGGGUGAAGGAACAGCUCCAUCUCUAUGACACCAGAGGCCUCCAGGAAGGUGUCGAGCUCCCCAAGCAUUACUUCUCAUUCGCGGACGGCUUUGUGCUUGUGUACAGUGUGAAUAACCUCGAAUCCUUUCAAAGAGUGGAGCUUCUGAAGAAAGAAAUUGAUAAAUUCAAAGACAAAAAGGAAGUGGCCAUUGUCGUGCUAGGAAACAAACUUGACCUCUCUGAGCAGAGACAAGUGGACGCAGAAGUGGCCCAGCAGUGGGCGAAGAGCGAGAAGGUGCGGCUGUGGGAGGUCACGGUCACGGACCGUAGGACGCUCAUCGAGCCCUUCACCCUGCUGGCCAGUAAGCUCUCCCAGCCGCAGAGCAAAUCCAGCUUCCCGCUGCCCGGCAGGAAGAAUAAGGGCAACUCGAGCUCUGAGAGCUGA